UGUGUGCACUUGUGUUGUGUGUGAUUUUCAGAUUGAAGCAAAAGCCGCAGAGAGCGGUUCUACAUCUAAGUCUAUGAAAUCUCGAUUGAGAGCGUUGAUUACAGAAGAAGUGUCAAAAAGAAGAGGAAGGGCGCGACACCGUCGAAGUUCAUCGUGUCCCACACGGGGCCCACCAAUCAAGCAAAGCGAUCCCAUGAUUCUUCCUCCUCACCCUCCCUUAGAUGUCAAUGCUUUGCCUCAAACUAGUGCGAGCGAAGAGACAUCGGAACAUGACAAGAAUGUGUCCAUUUCUAGCUUGUUGGAUCCACCACUACCAAAGAUAUGUAGACACGGUCAUGUCCCUCCGAACAUUACUUGUGAUUCGUGUGUUGCCAUAUUGCAAAAGAUGAAUGACCUUAAGCAGAUUGAGGUUUGUAUUCAUGGACAGACUGGCACUGCUUCACUACAAGAAUCAAAGCUAUUUCUAAAGGCUCUAGAUUUGCUUAACAUGAGAAAGGAGGUGUUCUUGAAAAUAUUGCAGGACCCAUGUUCAUCAUUGUCGCAUCGGUUACACGACAGGCGAGCAACUAAAUUGCGACAGGGAUUAGGCAAAUCUCUGACAUUCCCCUCACAUGGCUCAUUGUUGGGAGAGGAAGACUGCAGGUUUCAAGCUGCAAAUGAAUGCAGCGUUGUUGAGAAGAGGACUUUGUGUACAGAUCCUAAGCUUUUGGACAACGUCUCGAGACUUUCACCAAAUGAGCAAAAGAGCAGGCAUGGGAGUGGGCAUUGUUUGAAGCAUUUCAAGAACCUAAGGGACAAGUUGAAAUUUGUAAUAAAGGAGAGCAGAAAGGAGAGACAAAGGAUUGUCAUGGAUGCAGUGAUUGACAAGAUCCCUCGCGGUCGUAGGAUGCCCAAGCAAGUCGAACAAGGUUCGAUCCAAUUUCAUUCCUCAUUUCUUGGAAGGAUUGAGACGCAGUGCCCGAAUAAAGCAUCAGCCAAUUUCCAUGAAUCGGCUGAGCGAUAUAACCAACUGCUGGAGUCUUGUUGUAGGACAUCAGGACCACCUUCCCCUUCCACAAGGAGCCCUAAAGUCCUGGAGAGGAUCCUCUCAUUACCUGAUUUAAGGUAUUGUUACUCCACCUUACGAAACGACGAUUCCCAACAUGACACUUUAAGAAGAUAUGGUGAGGGUAACCAGAUGCAAAUUCCCUUAGGUUCCGAAUCUCGUGCUCUAUCUGAGGCUAAUUCAGAUGAAAACCAGCAUGACAGCUUCCAAGAUGCCAACCAUAUUGAGACCAUUUCUUGUUGUGAUGCAAGCCAUAGUUCUCUGCCAGACAUGAAUUUGCAUGACACACGGGCACAUGGUCAACUAUUUGCAGGCCAACCAACUGAGGCCGAAACACAAACAUCUACUGAAGUAGAGAAACAAGGAUCUCCAGUGAAAGAAAUGGAGAAUAUCCUAAUGCACCUUCACGUGGACGACAAAAACAAGGCACAGUUUGACUAUGUAAAAGACAUACUAGAGAUGUCCGGAUUUAGCAGAAUCGAGUUCCUUGAGAGCUGGCAUUCUGCAGAGCUGCCCUUGAGUCCUUCAGUCUUCAAGUUAGUGGAAGGGUGCUUACUUGAACAACCUGGUUGUGGUGAAAAUGAGGCAGGGGACAACUGUGACCAUCUUCUUCUGUUCGACUUGAUCAAUGACGUCUUGUUAGAAAUGUAUGAAAGAUCACAUUCCUACUGGCCAAAGUCUCUGACAUGCCAUUCGCAUAUCAUUAGGACGCCAUUGGGAUAUCGCGUUCUUGAGGAAGUUUGGGCAAAUGUGAAUUGGUUAUUGAGUUGGAGCCAUGAUCUCGAUGACCAAUCACUUGAUGAUGUUGUUUGUCGCAACUUGGCGAAAGGUAACAAUUGGAUGAAGUUGCAGUUUGAUGGAGAGUGUAUAGGUCUUGAGCUGGAAGAAUUGAUAUUAGAUGAUCUUUUAGAUGAACUCAUUUUUGAUGACCUUCUGUUUUGAUCACACAUAUGUGAAUGCAAAUCUUAUUUUCUUUUUGUUGAUAUUCUCUCAAGAUUUAAAAACUACAUUUAUUAUUAAUUUUACAUCACAACAGCUGAAACAAACAUCCAAAAUUUCUCAAUAGUUGUUAUAACAGCAACGACAGCAAAGCCAAACUU